UAAAAUUUAAAGGGUUAAGUAUAAUUCUAAUUAAUUUUUUGCCCACCCAUCUUCAUUUUCUUUCUUUUGGAUCCGGGAAGUUGAAUUCUAUAGCGCAGGAAAGUUGCCAUGAGCGCUACCGUCGAGGGCGGUUCUUCUUCACCGACUCGACCCAGAUGGCGGGAAGUCGCCUACGGUGGAAUGCAACUGGGCUUCGACGACAAUCACACCGGCGAGACUUUCCUGGCGGACAUGGUGAUGAACGCCAACGUCGUCAAGCGGGACCUGCUGAAAGUGAUGCAAGAUUCAAUCUCCAUCUCUCAAUACCUCUGCAUCGUCGCCCUCGUCGUCUUGGUCUGGACCUACACCCUCAGAUCAACCAUGAAUGAGAAUUCCCUUUUGAUCCUCGACGGAACCCUCCUCGUUUCGCGCUUCUUGAUCCUAAUACUAACAGAGGAAAUGCUUUCCCUCGGUCUUCUCCUUCAUUACUUCCUCAACAUCUCCUUCUUCACCACCGGUUUAUACGUUCUGGCUCCGAUUUACCAGACUCUGACGAGGUCCAACAGCUCUGACUCCAUCUGGGCAGCGACAUUUUCCCUUCUCCUGCUCCACCUUUUCCUCCACGACUACUCUGGAUCGACCAUCAGAAAUCCGGGGGCUCUGAAAAAUCCUAACUUGACUAGCUGCAUCUCCUUGAAUGCUUCCGUGGUGGCUUCAGUCUUCAUAGCCUCUCGCCUGCCGUCGAGGGUACAUGUUUUCGCCAUCAUGCUCUUCUCCUUACAGGUCUUCCUCUUUGCUCCAUUGAUUGCCUAUUGCAUGAAGAAAUACUCUUUCAGAUUGCACCUUGUGUUUUCUGUGGGAUUGAUGGCUGUGACAUUGGCUUUUGUGUAUGCCCUGCAUCCUUUGGUCUUUGUGUUGCUACUGGGGAUAUUCAUCUUUGUCACUGUGGUCUGCCCAUAUUGGCUUAUCGGGCUUCAGGAAUGCAAAUUUGAGAUCAACGGUCCAUGGGAUGAGGCUAAGCUCUGCUUUGAUAUUACAGAUUAAGAUCAUUAGUUGUAUGUACACAGGCAACUUUGAAAAUCAGAAAGUAUUGUAC